AUGACACCGGAAUAUGAGCUUCCUUAUUACCAUGAUGCUUCUCAGGUGACAUUGGAUAUGGUAAUGGAUGAUGAUAAUUUGACUCAUGUUCUAUGGAAUAGAUAUUCAUACUCUAUCGGGGAUGUCUCUCCUUGCAUUGCAUUUACCACUUAUCAUCAUAGUACAUUUUAUCAUCAUAGUACAUUUUAG